AUGAUCAUCCUCACAUCGCUGUUGGUAUAUUUGACAGUGUUCUCCAGUAGUUUUGCAUUGCGUCGCUGCUCACAGACACAUUCCAGACAUGAUCCUUGGUACCUUUUGCUUCGCACUUGCUCGAUGUCAACCUCCCCACCUCUUGACGAGGCGUAUCUGCAAACUGUGGAGGAUUGUGAGCGUUUUGCAUCAAAACGCAAAGCUAUGGCGUUCAACUUCGUCAGACCAGAAGACCUGCAAAUUAAAGAGAAGAAUACAUGUAUCCUCUAUGAGUGUCCAGAAAUGGAUGAAGCACUACUGGAAGAUAACAGUAUGUAUGACUACUACGGUAUAUACAGGGAUCUGGACAUUGACAGUAAUGUGACCUGUAUCCUUCAACUGGGGAUGUUCCAUCUACACUCCGAGGGAGCCAACUACACCGAGGCUGUCAGCUGGUGUGAGGGGGAGGGGGCUCAGCUGGCUCGGGUCACCACCGUCGUCCGCACGACCAAACUUUCAACACUCGUAGCUACACUGGGUCCUACGUCAAAGCUACUGCAGGCCUACGUUGGUCUUAAUGAUAUCUCACAAGAGGGAUUCUUUGUUUCUGUUGAAGACGAGCCACUGAACUGUUUUGACUACCGCGCUUGGGCACCUGGACACCCUAGGUCCCGGCCUAUAGAGGACUGUGUUGUGCUAGAUUCCCGCAGGGGUUGGCGAACUGUGGAUUGUACCCUUAAACUCCCCUUCAUCUGCGAACUCAUUGAACCUGUCCCGGAGCUGUGUGGUAACGGCAAGAGAAAGAAGGCGGGUACCCAGUGCCGAUCGGAUGAAGAAUUGAAAAGACGAAAGCAGCAUAGGUCGAUCGAAUCGAAGCUUGGGGUUUGCAGCAUCAUAGUUAUGUACUUACAUCUGGCCGACAUUGAAAAGAACCAAUGUCGUCUGCUUACUUCUGCCAUUCAUUCUUUCGCUGAUCGCCACCACACGUGA